CUUCCGGUAGAGGUGGGAAAUUCGAUUUCGUUGUAAUGCCACAUGUCGACAUGGCAAGUGAUUUGUUUACAGUGAAUAAGUGAUGGAGUCUACAUCUCUCAAGUGAUGAACAGCAUAGGCAGUUAUGGACACAGACUACAUAUUAUUGGGAGUCAUCCUAAAGGGGCAUAACUCUGCACAGGAUGACAGAUGCCUGGGAGCUGUGAAGAUCUUCACCUCGCAGAUCAAGGAAAUGACCUUGGGGCAGUUUAGGGAUAUUAUCAAGAAACAGCUUGCCUAUUUUCUGGAAAAUCUUCAAUUUUGCACCAAAGAAGGGUGGAGUAUUAAACUUGAUUUGGAGAACAGUUUGAAAAUUCAGGAUGUUUUAACAGAUGAGAAAACUAUUCUAGUACAAAGAAAUCAAGAUGAACCUAAGAUAGCUAUACAGGGCACCAGUGGGGAAGUGAUCGGUUUCGUGUUCUGUGCUGUGCAAUCCAAACUUGAUGUUUUGAGAUCUUUGAUUGUAGAUGAGAUAUUAGAUGAAGGAAAUGCUUCCCUCCCAGAAUUUCAGUUUGUGGAGCAGAAUGGCUGGCCAGUCAGUUCCAGACAGGAAAGCAGUCUCUCUGUCAUUGAUAUCUGGACUGGAAAACAUGUGACCAUCAGUAGAUCUCCACCAGCCAGAGUCUCUAUACGCUGUAGGACUGAUAACCCACCAUUCAAGGCCAGGACUGGUAAUCGCAAGCGCCACCUGUCAUUCCGGUCCAGCAAAGACCUAGAGAGAGUCUCCCCGGCAGACUCCAGCGUGGGAGAUUUAACGGGGUCAGUCAAGCAGAUCCUUAUCAGCUAUGUCAGGGCAGAGGCUGCACAACAUGCGCUGAGGCUUAAACAGGAGUUAUCUGCUCUUGGAUUCAGUGUGUACUUGGACGUCCACGAGAUUCGGUCAGGCCUGGACUGGCAGGAUUCUCUGAAUUACGCUGUCAGUAACUGUGAAUUCUUUGUUCCUCUGGUCACACCAAAGUAUGGAGAAACACAGUGGACAAACAGGGAGAUCAAACUAGCUGAUGUUUUAGGAAAGUUCAUUAUUCCAGUAAGCUUUCUGGAAAGCUGGCCACCCAAAUGUUUAGCGAUACAGUUUGCCACCACACAAUACAUUGAUUGGAAGCCACAGAGCCAGAUCACUGCUGAAAUUGCAGAGGGACUAACUACCGCCACAGAUAUCAACAUAUGGGAACAACGACAGAUCAGACAGGUGGCUUGUAGAAUUAAAGAUCAUCUCAAUAAAGCCAAAGAAAAAGCAUUGUACAAGAAAAUGUCCUUAGUUAAAAGGAAAACAGUAGUUAAGAGCUGUACGUUGGUUGAAGAAAACAAUGAUCAGGCCUCGCUGUAUAACCGAGAGGGAUGUCCACUGGUUGUUGUGUGUGUACACGUAAACCAAGGUCAGCUGAGUGCUGAAUUAGCAGACUUCAUAAGACAUUUGGGUUAUGAAGUAUGGUGUACGAACACUGAUAAAACAGAACCCAGGCAUGAUGAUGGCUGGGGUGUAGAGGAACGGGAGACUUUUCAGGAGAAUGCUGAUGAUGCUGGGGUCAUCAUUGCCGUGCUGUCAUCUGACUUUAUUCACUCCAGGACCUGUCAACAGCAGUUGUACUACUGUGAACAGAGGAAGAAGGUGGUUCCCUUGCUGAUGGACGGUGUACAGAUCCCAAGCUGGCUGGAGAUGAUGCUGCAGUCCAAUAAUUAUACAUGUGUUGAAAAGAAGGAUCAUAAAGAUAGCUUACCAAAAUUACUACAAAAAUUGUUGGACCCAAAUGCAAUACAAAGCUGUAGUGCAGAACUUCAUGAUGCCAGGGUGUCAUAUGCUGUAAAGCAGUUAAAUAAACUGUUGAAGAGCAGCCUGUGUGUCUACACGUGUGGUCAGUCUGCCUGCAGCACAGUCAACACGGAUCUACUGAAAGUCCUGGGAAAGGUUCUCAGUGAGUUUGAUGAUGUUACCAUGGUAACGGGAGGUGGGUACAAUACAGAAUACCUAGUUGGCCAUGCUUUUCUGGAGGAAACUCGACGGAAACUCAAACCUCAUCAAGUUUGGCAUGUUCUCCCGGAGAGGGAUAAAGGGGACAGGAGCAAAAAUUACCCACAGAACAGUGAUGGAUCCUUUCAGGUGAUCUCAUUUGGUCACACAUAUUUCUGUGGUAAUAGUCUAGAGGAGAGAGAUCUCAUCAUUUCUAAAGCUGUUGAGGUCUGCUUGAUAAUUAUAGGUGACACAGAUGUGAAUUAUGUAAAGCUGGCACAGAAGUUUUCAUGGAGUGACCACUACGUGAUACCAUUUGUAAUGAAUAUGGAAGUGGAUGCUGGUUUUAUUGAACAGCUCUCCCAUGGAAUUUCCUGUGAAGAUUGUCAGACCCUGAACAACACUGGACAGACACUAGAAACAAGAGCCUCUAUAUUGCAUGAUAUUCUGACAAGAAUUCAGCAGAGCUUGGAUAUGGAGCACACCGAGGAGGCAAGUCAAGAGAUGGAAAUGUGCCCUCCCCGAAAAAUACCCAGGAAUUCAAAGGACAGUGACACUGGCAGUCGGACAAAAACCUCACUGAAGAGUCUGAACACAAUUAUUCUGCAAUGAUACUUGUAUAUUUCUUACAAACUCAAAUGACACAUCUGGUGCUAUAAUAGCAGGUUGAUAUAACAGUUUGUGAUUGUUUAAUGGGUAUAUACUGUAGAAAUAAUGCUAUUUAGUGUGUGUGAAAUACACACAACAGUAUGGCAAUAUGAGAAAUUAGUUCCAUUGUAGUGAUACUGAGCCUUGUUAAUUAUUUCCAAAAAAUCCUCUUACACAUUACAUACUGUAUAUUGAUAUCGUGUCUAUGCAAAUAUACUUUGACAUUCCUUUCUUUUUUUAUUAUUGUAUGUCCAUCUUUGGACAUGAGGUACAUGUACAUAUAUGUAUUAUGGAGUUGUAAUAGUUUCUAGGUUUGAGGGUUGAUUUUUAAAAUACAGUUGAAAGACCGACUAAUUUGCAUAUUAUUAUGUCAGGUUCUCAUGUUACAUAGAAUAUACAUGUACCAAAUAGCGACGUAUUAAAAUUGUAUUUGAUCGUUUUGUGAUUAGCAGUUCUAGAUUGUUACCUCAAUUUUACUGGGUUUUUUUUUUUUAAAAAAGUCAUUGACCAUAUAUAUACAUGUACUGUGUCACUGUUUUAUAGAUACAAACAUACAUAUAUCUAAUAUUUUUAUCAUGCGUAAUUUUGCAAUGAUUUACACUUAUUUAUCACAAAUUAUGAUUUAUGAGUUAACUUUAUUUUUAACAACACUAUGAUGAUUGUGUACUGCAUGUAUCCGAUAGCAUACCAAUAUUGACAUGUUCUGAAGUUAGUAAUAAAUCUGUUAAUAUUUUGCUACAAGGUUGUAAUACAUGUGGCACAUUAUUCAAUUCCAAUGUAAUUUGUUGACCAGUGUAAUAUUUUUAUGUACUACCCUCUCACUUGUUAAAUGUUUAAGAGUGGGAUUUACAUAUUAGCUUACUUGUUUUUGUAUUCCUUAAAUGUAGAAUUUAUUCAAAAAGUUCUGCACAAGAACUCUUACUGUGGCCUUCAACUGGACAUUAAGAUACAUAAAAGAUUUUCGUCUAUUACAUGUAUAUCAAUCAUUUUUAUUCACCUGUGGAUUCAAUAUAUCCCAACGAUCUUAAAAAGAAAAGUCUUCCACAUCUGCUAUACACUUUCUUCAUAUUUGGAUGUUUUACAGAACGUACACUGUAGACUACACUAACAAAUCAACUUAAUGACAGGAUGACCUCAGGUUCUCCAUCAUCAACUGUCUAUAUUUACAUGCAUGUAGGAAUGUUCCAUUAUUACUUGCAUAUGUUGUUUAUGUCUUCUAAUUGAUUCAAUACGUGAGAGAGCAUGUUUUGCAUAUAAUCAAUUUUUAAACUGAGGCAGGCUACUGAAGUUACAGGAGUUUCAACAGUCUUGUUUAGAGUCAGCAUUUUGCAAAGUCUGUGGUUGUAUAUUGAUCUUAUUUGGAAAUCUAACCUGUUGUUAAGCGAAAUCUUUCAUACACAUUGAUCAAAUGCAGAAACCUGCAUUUUAUUUAUUACAUCAUGUUCAACAAGAGAAACCUGCAUUUUAUUUAUUACAUCAUGUUCAGUAAGAGAAAUGUGCAUACUAUUUAUUAUAUCAUGUUCAACAAGACAAAUGUGCAUCUUAUUACAUCAUGUUCAGCAAAAGAUACGCACAUCUUCAUUACAAGUCACAUACGAAGGUUGUUCCAAAAAGACGUAGACAGUGUUGAUCAUUUUCAAAAUAUACAUCAGAUCCAAAAGAUUCUUUACAUGAGAAAACUUUUACUUAUUCUAAGCAAAAAAUUUAAAAUUUGAAAUAAGAAUUAAAAGAGGUAAUUUAAAAUGAGAUGUUACUGAAUAAAAAGGUAUCCAUCUACAUUGUUGACUCACGAACAAAAAUAAGUAGAUAUUUUCUUUGUACCAUUCAAUUAGAUGACAGCCAAUAGUUUCAUAUUAAUUAAAUAUAUCACAUUCAAAUUCAUAUCUAUGGAAUCGGUGAUGUUUUUCAUGUAAUAAACUGGUUUGACAAUCGCAGGACGUCGUAAACGGCAGAGAUGUGAUGUCAUUUUUAAAUGUACCUGUAAUGAAAUUUGCAUGAUAUGACAACUUCAACAGCAUUCUUGGCGCACGAGAAAUCAUAAAAUAUUAUGUAGGCCGUGAUUUGGGACAACCCUUGUACAUCUUCAAUGAAAUACACUUAGAUAAGGGUUUUUUAAUAUAGGAUAUAUGGUUUUUUUUACCUAUAUGAAAAGAUGCACUUUUUACAACUUGCAUGAAUCUAAUGUGGGCCCAUUACUCUUAGCAAUUGAAAUGCAUACUUGCAAUAUGUUUAGUCAUGGAGUGUCUAUUUGAUUGUUUGUGGGUUUUUUAUUUUAUUCAAAUGUUUAAAAAUUGUUUUAGUCAGUAUUGUUGUUGACUGUUUUAUGGAUUCUGCUCUCAUACCCUUGGCAAUAAGAUGUAAAUUAUUUUAAUUAUGUUUGGAAUCAAAUGCACCCAAGUCAGUAUUGGGGUAUGAAUUCCGAGUUUGUAUUUUUAAACCCAACAUGUAUUUUAUCGCAGCAUUACCACCAAACCAUGUCUGGUGAGGGUAAAUACAACACGACGGCUAAACGAUUCAUGACAAUUGUGAUGAAUGACUAGGAGAUUAAAACAAUAUUUCAGAAAAACUUGUGUUGCAUGCAUUUAAUUGUUGCUUAAAAUGCUUGAGGGUUUAUUCUUAUAGCACAGACAAAAGUAGAGAUUGUUGAGAGAGUGCAUAUAAAAUUUCUAACUAUCUGUAGGGGGUGUAAUUAAUAAUAUACUGGAGUUCUUGGAGUAUGAAAU